UUACAUUUGGAAUUUAGUGCAAACAAAACAAAGGAAGAGCAAAGCAAAAAAGAAAAUCGGCAGCUCAUUAUUUUUCGCACCGCGCUUCGCUAGUCGCCAUCGCGUUUUUCAUCUUUUCCCGCGAAUGUGCAGCUGUUUCACGCGAGUGUUUGGCGGUUCCCGUACCGGAGUCGAUUUACGGUGUCCCGUUUCCCAGAGCUGGCUCAAAAACGUCGCAUCGAAAGCCGUUCUGUUGAAAGCGCCGCCACGAUUCUUCCAGAGGCUCCGUCGGACAGCCAAGUACGAGAACGCGACGGAAAUCCGAGCUCAAUCCACACAAAAGGAAAAACAAACUGGCUGUUUGAGUGUGGAAAGUAGCAGCUUGAAGAGUACCACAUCAAGCUCGCACCAGACCCCAAUAGGGGUCUUUUUUCCGGAGCCGAAAGUUGUUCCGUCCGGAAACUGGUGCCGUAUCCUCCUGGAAGCUGAAGCUGGAUGCCACGUCGGCUGCCAGUGGUGCUCAACUGGGUUGGUCAUCGGAUGACAACAUCGGUCGCUGUAAAGAGAAGGUGAAGAACAAAAAAUAAGAAACAAAGUAAGUACUAGCGCUAGUCAGAAGAAAAAGAAGAAGCUUAGAUAAAGCAAGAAGAAAAUAAGAAGCAGGCGAGCAGGAAGAAGAAGCAGCGACAAGAAAGAAGAAGAGAAGAGGCGGAAUGGAAGAAAAAGAGUAGGAGCGGAAUGGAAGAAGAAGAAGAAGAAGAGGAUGAUGAUGAGGAGCGGAAGAAGAAGAAGAAGGAGAUCGAAAGAAAGUAUGCGGUCUGGAAAAAUAAGAAAACAAUGAUUAGAAAUAGAAAAUAAGCAACAAAUUUGUUUUGGUUUUGUUUUGUGGCGUAGUUUUUUGUAUGUUUUGG